UUGCGACCAGCGACUUUUCAUAGCAAACCAAUUCCUCUUUCCUGGGCUGCAGCAGUCUCUUAAUUUAUCCAAAAGAGAACAGAAACGAACAAAAGAAAAAAAAUCACCGCAGCAGCGACCACCUGCCAACGCGGCCCCCCGACAAAAUGGUGCGAAAACUCAAGCAUCACGAGCAGAAGCUCCUGCGCAAGACCGACUUCUUCACAUACAAGCAAGACAGCAACCACCGCGACAAGCUCGUCAGACGGCGGUACAUGAUCCAGAACCCAGAGGACUACCACAAGUACAACAGACUCUGCGGCUCCAUCCGCCAACUCGCCCAUCGCCUCUCCCUGCUGCCCCCCGAAAACCCGAUCCGCCGCAAACACGAAGAGCUCCUCCUCAACAAGCUCUACGACAUGGGCAUCCUCUCCUCCGCCUCCAAGCUCUCCGCCGUCGAGAACAACGUCACCGUCAGCGCCUUUGCCCGACGCCGCCUCCCCGUCGUCAUGACCCGGCUGCGCAUGGCCGAGACCGUCCAGGCCGCCACCAAGCUGAUUGAGCAGGGGCAUGUGCGCGUCGGCGUCGACGAGAUCACCGACCCGGCGUACCUGGUGACGAGGAACACGGAGGACUUUGUGACGUGGGCGGUGGGAAGCAAGAUUAAGAGGAAUAUCAUGAAGUACAGGGAUGAGCUGGACGACUUUGAGCUGUUGUGAUUGGGUCCUUUCUUUCUUUCUUUUUCUUUUUCUUCUUUUCCUUUGAUUUGGGUUUUUCUUUGAAGAAUGCUGGGUUUUUUGUGCGAGGAGAGGAUUCUCCAUUUAGACAGUGCAUGGGGGAGAGCAUAUUGCCAGGAAGCUGAAUUUGGCGUUAAGGGCUUGGUUGGUUAAUUAGGCUGUUCCUGGAUUGCAUUGCAGCCAGACAUUGCAAGAGAUAUAGAUGAUAAUCUGAAACUCCUUCUACAAGGCAUUUUUGCACCGUUCGCG